CGCCCCUCGCGUAUGCUCUGUGCUGCUCCCUGUCUUGUGUUGGGGGCCUCGCGCCGCAGCCAAGCUACACGCCUGCGUCUUCUGGACGGUUCCGGGGCGCAGCGCAGGAGUGAUCGGUGACGUAAACAGACCGUGAGUGCGAGCGGGUAUUGCUGAUUGCCUCGACUUGAUCUUGUGCUGGGCGCUGCUAUAGCUGUGUUAGACGCCUUGCCAGUGCAGUCGCUGCAGCAGCACUCAUAUUCUUGCACAGCAAGCCCAGUUGCAGCGCAGGAUCACUCCAUCCGCUGGUGUUUGCAUACCACAAGCAGAUCCUAGUCAGACCAUGAGGGUGCUGCUAGUAGCGGCCACCGCGGCCGCCCUGGCGCCGCCCGCCCUCAAGACGGCUCGUAGAACCAUAGCAACAAACGCGGCGGUGGACUUCGUGCCCGAGAAGGCGAGACCCUUAAGCGUCGCGAUUGCGGGCGGCGGCGUCGGCGGCUUGACGACGGCCCUCACGCUACUCAAGGCGGGCCACGACGUGACCAUUUAUGAGAAAACCCAGGCCUUCGCGCGGUUCGGGGGCCCGAUCCAGUUCGCCUCCAAUGCUUUGUCAACACUCAAGGCCAUCGACGAGAAGCUCUUCGCGCGCGUCAUGGACGCCUUUACGUUCACGGGGACGCGACGGUGCGGUAUUAAAGAUGGUCUGCGAAGCAAUGGGGAGUUCCGCAUGUCGAAGGUCGCGGACCCCAAGUUUCUUAUUGAUAAGAACACGCCGAGCGACUGGUUCGUGUCAUUUCCCCUCAAGGAAUGUGCGGACUUCUUCCAGCUGCCCUACACGGGCGUCGUGAACCGACCGGACCUCCAAGAAAUCUUGCUGGAUGAGUGCCGAGCGCUGAAAGACGACUUCAUCCAGAACGGCGUGGCCGUCGAGUCAUAUGAUGACUCCGCAGAAGAGGGCGUGAAAGUACAGUUGACCGAUGGCACGACGAAGACCCACGACUUGUUGGUGGGCGCCGACGGCAUCUGGAGCCAGAUCCGGGCCCAGAUGUACAACGAGGGGCCUGUUAGGGGUACUUCGAAAGAUGGGAAAGUGAAGCAAGGGUGCCCCUACUCGGGCUAUACCGUAUUCGCGGGCGAGGCGGUAUUGCCUCUCAAUGACUACUACGAUGUAGGGUACAACGUCUACAUCGGGCCUCAAAGGUACUUUGUGAAAAGUGACGUGGGCGACGGUCGGGUCCAGUGGUACGCGUUCUGCGCGUUGCCCGCUGGUUCCGCCAAGGCCGGGGAUUCGUGGGACGAAGGAUCUACCAGUGCGGACCAAGGUCGAUCGGUAGUAGAUUAUAUCAAGGGCUUACACGAAGGGUGGAGCGACGAGAUCUUUCAGAUCCUGGACCAGACCCCUGCUGAAUCGGUAGAACAGCGCGACUUGUAUGAUAGAUGGCCGGAGUUCACGAGGAGCUGGGCGAAGGGUCGCGUCGUGUUGUUAGGUGAUGCGGUUCAUCCGAUGAUGCCGAACCUCGGGCAGGGCGGCUGCCAGGCCAUCGAAGAUGCGUAUGAGUUAGGUAAACAUUUAUCUGCUGCGGGCACCUAUGAUCGCGGCUUGGAUCGUGCUUCCGUCGAAAAAGCGUUGCAGGACUUCUACAAGGACCGGAUGCCGCGCGUCGCGGGCGUGUCGCUACUAUCGAGACUAGCCUCGGACCUCAUAAUAAACGCCUUCGACACGCCCUGGAACCCCUGGGGCGACGGUUUAGGUACUUCUUGGAAGUCCUACCUGACGUUCUUCUGGAAACCGGUCCUCCAGUACCUGAUCUUCCCGGCGCAGUUCCUGUUCCUCUACUCGUACCAUCCUUCCGGUCCGAUGGGGGAUUUGCCGAAGAAAUUGGAAGAGGACUGGCGCAAGCGCCACAAGGAGGAGAGCGAGGCGGCCUUCGCGAAGGCGGCACAGGGUGGGGAUAGGUUUGACGCCGCCAGUCGUUUGGGGUCGUUCUUCCAGGCUUCGGAAGAGCCCGUGACGUCUCGCUAAGGGGAUUAAGGAUCGACUCACGAAA